AUGGAUUUUAAUAUUUUGAGUUGGAACAUCAGAGGGGCUGUUAAUGCCAAAGGUAAAAGGAGGGUUGCGGAGUUAGUAAGGCUCCAUCAUCCGUCUAUAUUUAUUGUUUUGGAGACCCAUUGUCAAUUUUCUUCGGUGGAAUCGUUCUGGUCAAAGCUGGGUUAUCGGUUGUGCUACAGCAUGGAGGCUACGGGGCAUUCUGGAGGUAUUUGGGUCUUGAUGGCGUUGUCAUGCUCUGCUAAAGUUUCGGACCUUGCUUCCCAUCCUCAGGCUAUGUCGUUUAUGGUUGUUGAAGGAAGUAAGCGCUGGGUGUGUACUGCUGUUUAUGCUAGUCCUCGGGUGGAGCUUAGGCAAGGGGUUUGGGCUCAUCUUCGGGAGUUGGGGGGCCGGAUUACGUUGCCAUGGCUGGUGCUUGGAGACUUCAAUGAAAUUAUGUUUUCAUCAGAGUGUAGGGGUGGUCGCUUCUCGUCAUCACGGGCCUCACAAUUCCUGGACGUUCUGAAUGACUGCAAUCUUCUUGACAUGGGGGCUAAGGGUUUACGCUUCACGUGGUAUAGAAAUCAACGCGGGGUUGUGCUGGCAAAGAGGCUAGACCGUGCGGUGUGUAAUGUUGAGUGGCAAGCUAUGUUUCCAGAAGCAUAUGUUGAGAACCUGUGCAUGUGCUACUUCCUUCGUGGUGCCCAAGGAAGAUAA